AUAGAUCAAUUCUUUGAAAGUCCAAUGUGAGUCUUCUCUUGAAUUUUACGAACUAGAAAGUGAUUCGCAAUGAAAAUCAUUAUUUUGACAUUUUGUUUGUUGGCUUUGGGAGCUUUGGCACAGUCAAGACCAGAUAACAUGGAUGAUGGAUCUUCUUCCAAUACUAUGUCUCUUUUACAGGUUUUCAAACAAAGAAGAUUUGUUUCUGACUUAUUUAGUAGAAUGCUUAAGAAUCUUAGAGCUAAAAGAUAUUCUCUUUUAAAAUUGUUUGGGUCAAAGGGUAGAGGCACUGAUCCGAUUUCUUCUAAUCAAUAUUCAGCUAUACCACAAUAUGCAAUUAAUAAUAAUGAGUCACCGUACAAUGCCAGACCACAAUAUGCGAUUAAUGAUAGUAAGUCAUUAGGUAUACCUAAUCUGCUACAGCAGUUAUUGAAGGGAAGAAAAUCGUUAGGAUCUAGAAACCUAAUUGGCCAAAUUUCAAAUAGUUUGGGUAACCAAAUUUUGGAUAAUUUCCCACCAGUAGCCACCGAAUCCAAUUUUUUAUUAGAUAAGGUUGGUCUUGGAAUGGAUGACGUAAACAAAAGUGCAGAUGAUACAAUUGAUAAGAACGAUGAAAAAAUAGGACUCGAAAACGAUGAAAAUGAAGAAGUUGAAGAAGCAUUGGCUUUGAUUAGAAAUUUAAUUAUUAAGUACCUUCUGGCCGACAAUAAAUAUCAAAUCAAAUCAGAUCAAAUCUAUCAGAUGUGAUAUUUGAAAACGGAACUUUUUAAUUACGGAUAAAAUGGAAAUGAUUAAACAUUUAUUUUUCGAAUUCUCUUUUGAAUUAAUUAUGUACUUAUAAAAUAAUAUAAUAAAGAGUAAAUAUACUGC